AUGGCUAUUACGCAAGAAACCCCUGGACUCGAAGUUCACGUCGAAUGCAAUGGGGCACGACUACAAGAGUUUGACGAGGACGACGGCGAGACAACCACCACCACUGUCACCAAAUACAUCGAAGCGAAAUCUGCCGCGGAAUUCGCAGUUCACAUUGAAGUCCAUCGACCAUUCUCUCGCUACGCUAUGAUCGUCAAACUCUACAUAGACGGCAAGUCUGUUUGUUCGCGCAUCAUCGGCGAUCACCAAUAUCAAAGAGCAAAGGGGAGCGUGAAGCGAGUGUUCAACAAUACUGUGACAAAGAUUGCCGAAGGACAAUGCACGUUGCGAAUGUUUUGCUUUUCCGAACUUCAAAUUGAAGAUUCAUAUGAUUACAAUCUGGAGGACGGGCUCACCAAAGACCUGAAAUUGAUUGGUAUCAUCACCCUCAAAGCUUACUACAUUGAGAAUCUCCGAGAAGUGUGCAUCAACAGGCCAUAUGUCGACAAGAAGCAAACCGGUGUCGGUCCGAUCCCGGAAAAGGCACUGAAAGGACAGGCAUUGACGCACUGCGCAGAGCUAGGCAGGGAAGUUAAAGAGCCUUACCAUAUGAGCCCGACCCGUACAGACUACGAUUAUGUCAAUCUGCAGCGACUGCCCUUUGCCGCCUUCAACUUCAAAUACCGCUCGAGAGCUGCCCUUCAAUCACUACUCGUCAUCCCGCGGAGCCCGUCUCCUCUACCCACUCAAGCCAAAGAGGAUGGAGCGCAUGUAAUCAACGUAGCAGAGUCGGAACAGGGCAGUCUUCCGACAAAAGUUAAGAAAGAUUCAGGCCCUAAACGCGAGUACUCAGCUACUUUUGAAGGUAGCAAGGACGACGAUGAGGUAUCGUUCGUAUCGGCGGCAAAGCGUCCACGGCCCAACAUCACUGUCAACAAGCGUGGUGUCGAGAUUAUUGAUCUUACGUAG